AUGUUUACUUCUGUCGUCCUUCUGAACGGUCAUUCUCUUCGUGAAGUUAAGAGAAAAGUUAAAAAUGAUAUGCCAAGAACCUUUAUAGCUGAAUCAUGUUAUUGGCCAAUCGUUUCAUUUCUCAACUUUCGGUUUAUACCAUUGGAUUAUCGGCCAAUGGUUGGACGCCUAGCGGGUGCUAUUUGGAAUGUCUAUGUCUCAUCAGCUACCAAUAAUCCGAAGCUAAAUCCCGAUGGUACCAUACAAUCACCAGCAGGAGCGCGAACAACUCUGGUAGCUGAGAUAGGUGGAUCGGCAGUGUCAGCCUUACAAGAAGCAUGA